UUUCUCCAUCGCCCUCUCCUAUAUAUUACUCCUGCAUAAACCCUCCACAUUUAUGAUCAAACUUCAACAACUUCACUCUCUCUCUCUCUACUUUCGCAAAAUAAAAUGGAGAAGACAGCGAAUUCGGCGACGAGUCUCAUCCGGACGAAAUCGGACCAGCUGGUGGAGACGAUAGCGGCGGCGCUGGGCGCGAUAAAGUCUCCUGGCGACGCGGCGGCGGACAGCAGCGGCAAUUUGUCGCGGAUCUCGAGCCGGCGGCUGACGGCGGCGUCGCCGGGGAGGAACACGCACAUUCGGAAGUCGAGGAGCGCUCAGCUGAAAUUCGACGUCGACGAUUUGAGCGGCGGCGCCGCCCUGAGCCGCGCCUCCAGCGCUAGCCUCGGAUUUUCGUUUAGCGGAUUUGCUAGCUUCACUGUCCCCGCCGAUGAUUUCGCCGAUUCAAAGCCGUUUAGCGACGACGAGAUCGCUGAAGAUCUUGAGGCAGGAAGGCACAAGAAGAGACUCCAAUCAGAACCCACAAUACCAAUCUACCUCAAGUUCACAGAUGUAACUCACAAGGUGAUUUUAAAAGGCAUGACGUCGACGGUGGAGAAGGAUAUUUUAUAUGGGAUCAACGGCUCUGUUGCUCCGGGGGAAGUUCUGGCUCUGAUGGGGCCAUCUGGAAGUGGAAAGACUUCGUUGCUGAGUCUGCUGGGAGGGAGAGUGAGAGAGCCUGCCCAUGGUGGCUCGAUCACGUACAAUGAUGAACCAUAUUCCAAGUCCCUAAAGUGCAGGAUAGGGUUUGUGACUCAAGACGAUGUUCUGUUUCCUCAUCUUACGGUGCGGGAGACGCUGACUUAUGCAGCUCGGUUGAGGCUUCCAAAGACUUUGACGAAAGAGGAAAAAGAUAAAAGAGCAUCGGAUGUUAUAUACGAGCUGGGGCUAGAGAGCUGUCAAGACACUAUGAUAGGGGGCUCCUUUGUCCGGGGUGUCUCGGGUGGAGAAAGGAAGCGUGUGUGCAUUGGAAACGAGAUAAUUAUCAACCCGUCCCUCUUGUUCCUGGAUGAACCCACCUCAGGCCUUGAUUCUACGACUGCUUUGAGGAUUGUGGACACAUUGCACGAUAUAGCCGAGGCUGGGAAAACAGUGGUGACCACGAUUCACCAGCCAUCGAGCAGACUCUUCCAUAAGUUCGACAAGUUGAUCCUUCUUGGCAAAGGGAGUCUGCUUUACUUUGGCAAGGUGUCGGAAGCAAUGGUUUACUUCUCAUCCAUAGGCUGUUCCCCUCUAAUUGCGAUGAACCCUGCAGAGUUCAUGCUCGACCUUGCAAAUGGGAACGUAACAGACAUUUCUGUCCCCUCGGAAUUGGAGGAUAGAGUGCAAAUCGGGGACUCCACAACAGAAACAAAGAGUGGAAAACCAGCUCCAGCAGUUGUGCAUGAGCAGUAUCUUGUGGAGGCCUAUGAGGCACGGGUUGAUGAAAGUGAGAAGAAGAAACUUAAAAACCCAACACCUGUUGAUGACGAGAUUAAGGCCAAAGUAUGUUCUGCAAAGAGAGAAUGGGGAGCAAGCUGGUUUGAACAGUACUCCAUACUAUUCUGCAGAGGACUAAAAGAACGGAGGCACGAUUACUUUAGCUGGUUGAGGGUAACUCAGGUUCUUGCAACCGCAGCUAUUUUGGGAUUGCUAUGGUGGCAAUCUGGCAGCAAUAACCCCAAAGAACUGCAAGAUCAGGCAGGGUUACUGUUCUUCAUUGCUGUGUUCUGGGGAUUCUUCCCAGUCUUUACAGCCAUCUUUACAUUUCCCCAAGAGAGAGCCAUGCUAAGCAAGGAACGAGCAGCUGACAUGUACAGAUUGAGUGCAUAUUUUGUGGCAAGAACAACAAGCGACCUUCCGCUUGACCUAAUACUGCCAAUACUUUUCCUCGUGGUUGUAUAUUUCAUGGCAGGGUUACGAAUGAAUGCUUGUUCCUUUUUCCUCACUGUAGUGACAGUCUUUCUCUGCAUUAUAGCAGCUCAGGGGCUCGGGCUAGCCAUUGGUGCCACACUGAUGGAUUUAAAGAGGGCAACAACUCUGGCUUCGGUUACAGUAAUGACCUUCAUGUUGGCUGGAGGAUACUUUGUGAAGAAUGUUCCAGUGUUCAUAUCAUGGCUUCGCUAUCUCUCCUUCAAUUACCAUACCUACAAACUUCUCCUGAAAGUACAGUACGAGCACAUAAGUGACACGAUCAACGGGGUCAGAAUAGACGACGGUUGCAAGGAAGUUGGAGCACUGCUAACAAUGGUGAUAGGCUAUAGGCUACUAGCUUACCUAUCGUUGCGAAGAAUGAAGCUCCAGCCAGGAUCUUAGUUGUACACAAAAGCAAUAUUAUUAAAGGCCUUGUGACAGUGCAGUUUUUUGUUUUCAAGGCUUUUGCUAGCUAACAAAUCAUCUAGCCACAAGACUAUAUUGAAACUCUUGCCUCGAAGAGAGGUCGUACAACCACCAUUCCGCUGAGAUUAGUUUAAACAUCAUUGCAUGGAUUUCUCUGAAGAUACUUUUGCAGGAUUCACUCAAAGACAUGUUUCCAGCAAAUUCUGACAAGUUCAAGCAGUGCCAUGAAAGUUUUUCACCCUCUUUUCUAGGCUAUGUUUGGUUUUCAGAUUGUAUUUAGACGAACAAUAGGGAAUAGGAUUUUUCCUCAAGAUGAUUGUAUGUAUUGUACUAAUGUUUGGAAACGUUUGCCAUUCCCAAUGAACACCCAAGAUGAAAAUGAAAAUAUUCCUCAUCUGGGGUUGGUCGAA